GUAAACAGAACACGCGUGUGUUUAUUUAAGCAUCAAUUCGUCAUACACACAAAAAUGCAUUCCCCCAUCUCAACAUGACGAAUUUAUAGGAGCUGCUUAGGACCCUGCAGUUUGAAAAAGGGAGGGGAGGAGUUAAAAAUGAUCGACAUAAUUUUCUGGAGGCACGGCAAGCUGGAGAGAGAGAGCGAGUAAAUACUCUCCAUGACCACAAUUAAACCGCCAAAUGACAGCACUUUUCUCAGAAUCGAUAGCAAUUUUUACAUUCCAGCGCUUGGAGGGGGGUUUGGGCGAAGCAGCCAUGCAUUUUAAUCUUUGAUAAUUGCUUUUCAGCUCAUUCAGAGUUGAUAAUGCUCGAGAUGAAGCUGCCCAUGAGAGCGGCGGAGGAGGAGGGAGACAACUCCGUGGAAGAGGAGCAGCAGGAAAACGGCGACUGCAAUUUCCACACUCAUCGUUUCAUUUCCAAGUCGGUUCCGUGUACUAACAACAAUAUUGAGGACUCUGUUGGACCGAGACCGGCUUGCCCGCCGCUUCCACAGUUGAACCGGGAGGCGGUGUUCGAGUGGUUCGGAUUGCAUCUCAGUGCGCCGAAACGGAUAGAGUUCAUGUGCGGGCUGCUGCAUAUGUGCCAGCCGUUUGAACUACGGUUCUUGGGGUCCUGUCUCGAGGAGCUCGCGCGUAAAGACUUCCAUGUUCUCCGAGACUGCGAAAUCAAGGCGAACAGCCCUUCUGAUUUGGGCCUUCUCAUGGAUGUUUCGGAUCCGUUGAUCGAGUCGAAACUGCUCGUCUGUCUGUCUCUUUUGGGCUCAGAGAACAGGGAAUGUGCAGAGAUCUUGUACAGAACACUGAGGCACGUCCAUGCCUCUCUGGCAUUGAAAAACUGUGGGGGUUCCCCCCCACCCAAGGUCGGGGAUCCCACCAAGCACGACGGAGCACCAAGUAGUGCAACAACUAACGGAGGGAUUGAGUGUGGGAAGACGGGACCCACAACAUCGGAGAUGGAGUCUGGUGUUAACAACCGUAACGGUUCUCUAGACCAGUUGGCUCUCCUGUUCGCCAUGGCAUCCCUCCACCCGGCUUUCCCUUUCCACCAGAAGGAAACCAUCAAGCUCCAGUUGAACAACGUGGAGAGUGCCAUCGCACAAUCCACGAGAAACGGUGACAUUCACCACAUCGAAGCGCAGACAGACGACUUCCACAAGUCUACUACCUACCUCGACAAAUACGGCAAGAGGAACAGGAUGCGAUCCUCUCCUUCCAGCACAGAACACAGUGAAGGUGUGCACAUAGAGAAGAUCAUCCUGAAGGAGUUCCUUGCCAGCUCUAGGGAGUACAGUCUGGAGGUGCUCUGGUCAAACCAGUCAUCAAGCACUGUGACCAAAUCGCACUUGGAGCUAGAGACGUUCUUCUCAAAGCUGUCUGAGGGUCGUUGUUCCUCAUCGUGUGAGAAGGCUCUCCUGCGUGUCCUGAGCCAGAGUGAUCAGCUUGACCCCAUCGACCAGGAGAGGAUGCUCAAGGAGAAGCUCCUAUUGUUGCCGCUGGAGGUCCGUCAGAUGUGGCCCGUGUGCUCCUUCUUCCUCUCCGACUCCUCUCUUCCAUACUGCUUCCAAAGUGGCUCCAGUACAGCAGGCAGCCCGUGCCAGUCAGCCACACACUGCAGCGCAUACUCAGAGACCUCCAGUCUGGAGGAAGCCUUCUCUGAUAUGGACCUGAAGCCAUAUGGUCGCUCAGUGGCUUGGAUGAAGCACAGUAGCAAAGGUGGCGGCCGCGGUAGAGGGCAGUCUAGCAGGAGGAGAGGUCGCUCGGAGCACAGCAGAGACACCAACUACAUUCCCCGUGGGGCGGCGGACACUGAGGUGUGCAGAGUCUGUGGAGCACAGUCUGAGCAGUGCUGUGUCUGUGAGGGCUAUGAUGAGAAGUACGGUGGCCUGGUGGGCAAGACUGCCAGGGGGAGAGCAGUAGACGGAGACCGCAGGUAUACAGCAGAGCCCAGCAGGUCCAGAGCCUCUCUCAGGAAGGGGACAUCCACACAUCGCCCCCCCCGCCCUCUCUCCUAUGUGUAUUGCAGGGAGAAGGUGAGGUCGGGGGAAGUGGACGGACGCUUCAUGGGCAGUGUGCACUGCAGGUCCUCUGUGGCUCAGAAGAAACGGCAAGAUGAUGGCCCUGACGCGUAUGGAGAGACGUCGUCCGAGAGUUCGUACUCCACGACCUCGAGUCCCCAGCACCUCCUGCACCACGCCAGCCUGCAGAGCGAGGACGAGGACGACCGGGAGGAUUACCAUGACGACGGAGACAGCAAGUCAGACACGGACGGGCAGGACACGGGAACCCUUAGAGCUCGUCCUGCCAAAGGCAUCAACGGGCAGAUGAACCCCACCACCACCCCUCUGCCCCCGGCGCUGGAAAAGCACUCCACCAUCACCCAGGACACCACCUCCUCCAAGGGGAACCCCAAUUCCACCGAGCCGUCGGCAGUCGUGCACCUCCCCUCUGCCACCCCCUCCUCCUCCUCCUCCUCCUUGUCCUCUGCGGAGGAGCGCUUCUCCUCUGCAACCUCCGCGACCUCGGCUAAUGAUGCCACACUGUCUGCACUACCGUCAACUACAGGAACAGCAGCCCCGGGUCAGAGUUCGGGUUCAGGUUCGGGUUUGGGUUUGGGCUCAGGUCAGAGUUCUGGUUCAGGUUUCAGUCCUGCUUUGGGCUCAGGUUCCCUAUCGUCCCUGCAACCCACCCCGUCCCCUCCUCUCUCCUCGUCGUCAUUGUCGUUGGCGUCAUCGGUGGCAUCGCACCCGUCCCCGUCCUUGCCCCCGUCCCUGCCCCUGCCCCUUGGGGUGCCCACGCGAGCCCCCAGCACCGUGCCCCCAGCGCCCAGCCCUGCCCUCACCCAUAGCACAGCACACAGUGAUGCCACCGCCAGCACCAGCGCCACCGCCACCACCUCCCACCUGAACUGCAGCGUUGGCUUUGCCAACUAUGUGCCCAAGCUACCGGGCAACUCCAGUUCCGGCUCCGGUUCCGGCUCCAGCUCCAGCGCCCCCGCCACCCCCACCGCCGGCAUGCCCCCCACCCCCAUCGGCAUGGGUAUGGGUAUGGGUAUGGGUAUGGGCAGUGUCACCCCUCCCACUGCCAUGCCCCAGCCACAGUCUCAGCAGCAGCAGCAGCAGUCCAAUAUGCAGCAACAACAACAACAGCAGCAGGGUAAUAUGCAGCAGCAAUGCGCUGCAUGUGGAUGCGGUGGCGGCUGUAGCAACAACAGUGGAGGAGGUGGGAUGAGUGGACCAGGUGUAGGAGGAGGUGGUGUAGGAGGAGGUGGGAUGAGUGGACCAGGUGUAGGAGGAGGCGUAAGUGGGGUAAGUGGGGGAGUAGGAGGAGGCGGUCACCAGGUAACGACGGGCUACUUCCUGCCUCCGCAGCCGCAGCUGACGGCUCGCCAGAUGUACAGCGCGCCGCCGCCGCCGCUCUCCUUCCUGCACAUGCCGCCUCUCCGCGGCAACAGCUACCCGCCCAAUGCCGGCGUCCCACCCCAGGCCCACCAGAACAGCCCCGCCCACUCUACCGCUGUCGUCGCCGGGAAACCCCCCACAGUAGGGGCCCAGCAUCAGCACCAGCAUCAGCACCAGGCGGCGCGGCCCUUCUACCUGCACAUGGGGGUGCCCCACUCUGCGCCCCCACCGCACCCAGGCUACCCCGCCACCCGGCCCCUGCAGCUGCACCACUCGGCCCACUCGGAGCACCUGCUGGCGGCCCAGUCGGCCGGCUAUGGCCUGGCGCAGAUCCCGGCCUUCAACCGGUUCUUCGCGCCCAUCUUCUCCUCCGUCGCCAUGAUGCCCGGCGGUGGGGCUCCUGGGCCUCUGUCUUCUGCUCCCGGGGGGGGAGGGGUGAAGAAGGCGGCCAACGUGUCCUGCUACAACUGCGGCAUGAGCGGCCAUUACGCGCAGGAGUGCAAGCAGACCGCGGCAGACGGCGGGCAGCCAGGUGGCUUCCGGCUGAAGUACCUUCCUACCCAAUUUUCUGAAGCACUAGACAAAAUUGACUGACAGCAUGGGGGACCAUGGACUUGUCCUUUGCUCUCCGGCUUCCCUGUGGCCCGUGGUCUGGGUUGUUUGGCUGGUUGUUUAUUAACAGAAACAAACGGAAGAACAUUUGUUUGAGUUGGAAUGUGGGCAAGUUGCGAGUUUAAUGGAUGUGCCUCAAACGUUCAAAGGCUAAUGCAGGGAAAGGAAAAGGAAAUGCACACACAGAAAGAAAAUGUAAACGAUGAAAGCACUCCAGGUCACAGACAAUAAUUUAAUGGAGUUGGGUUGCGAGUGCAACUGUGAUUUGCGCUACUUUUAUUUUUAUUCCUGUCUCAGCCACUACUUUUUAAGUUUCAGUUUUUAGUUUAAUAAGGCUGAUAUUUCUGGUAUACUUCCUUUUUUAUUUUUCCUCUGUGAUUUUUGGUUCUGCACUUAAAAAAUUCUCCUUGGUUUUAUAAAACUUGACGGAAACUUGAGAGCUGUACAGUAAGCUGUACAUUUUCAAAGGUUUUAAAGAGAAGGUCUAUGUUGAUAAUAUUAUAGACGUUUCUCACGAAAUUGUCUCAAUUCGUUGUUUUCCGACAAACUCCUGAAGAGCAGCUGAAUUCAAUGUUAAGAAAAUGUUCAAAAGAAAACAAAAAAUGUGAAUGUUUAAAAGAGAAAAAAAGAGGAUACAAGUUGAAAGAACUCUUCUGAUUUGUUGGUGCAUGGUGAAGAAACCUUACAGUUGUUUUAAUUUAUGUGGUGGUUGCAUUACAAGCCUGUAUUCAUAUUUCAUUGAAAAGCUCUGAAUGUACGGUAAGCAGUAUUUCCGUUGGCUUGAUCGUUGUCCUGUCACGUGAUGUGAAUUGUUUUAAGUUCAUAAUCAUGAUUCAGACAGGUAGUGUUGCACUGCUGUUAUUCGUUCGUUUGUUUUUAAUGUUCAUUUUUGUAUUAUUGUUUUUAUUUUUAUUUUUUUAAGUAUAUAAAGCACUAUGGUAACAUGCUCAGCCUAACUUGAUGGUUAUGUCAGGUCCUUAAGUGCACUGAGAGUAUAACCUGUACUGGGGUGCGUUUUUCGAAACCGUAGUUGCAAUUUCCCAUUGGCAACUACCCAAGUUGCUAACUGGCUAGCAACUACGCUUUCGAGAAACGCACCCCUGAUCUGUCCACUGUGUUGUUUGAUUACGUACCUCUGCCAAGGAGGCUGUUUUCAGUAGCGUUGGUUUGUCUGUGUCUGUUUGUCUAUCAGCAGGUUAACUCAAAUUUGUUGGAAAUGAUAAAGUGGUUUUUGUGGUGAUUCGAAUUGCUAUCCGGAUCCAGGAAUAUUUAAAAAGAUUCUUCAUUGCGAAUUUUGACAUUCCAACUCCACAACAACUAGGCAGAAAAACUUGGGGGGAAAAAAUAUUGUGUAACAUAGUCAAAUGUUCUAUCAAACAGCUUCCUUGGCGAAGGUCUGCACUAUGAGUGCAUUUCUAGUUUGGGAUGACUUUGGAGACGUCUGUGUAAUGUGGUGGUGUAACCACCAGAGGGUGAUGUUAAAAUGACCCGCUUGAGCUUGAAUACACACACAGCACUGGUAGUAUAAGUAGUCUUGAGUGUGGGAGCUCUGUUCAAAGUGUGUUUCUAUGGUAUAUGCAAAGUUUCAUAUGACUGACCGACCGUAUGCAGCCUGGGGGUGUUAAAAGUCGUAUUGACACCUCAUUUCCCUCCUUUUUGUGGACUGAUGGUGUGUUUAUUUCAACAUACUAUACUUCUGCCUAACUAACGUUCAGGUGUUGUGGGUAUUGAGCAUGCUUAAGCUAAGCUGUAUACUCUUAGAGUUGGGACAUACUGUGGGACAUGUGAAGUUUAGUGGCUGAAGGCAAAGACUUCAGGUCAGAAAUUCUUGUUAUUUCUUUAUUACAGGUCUGUUGAAGUCUACUAAACACAUCUCCAAAGGUGAAUUCUACCUUAUCAACAAUAUGUUGAUCAUUUCAAUCAAUAUUGAAUAAUUUGUCAAGAUAGUUGUUAUGCCGGCUUGGAUUUUGGCAAGAACUUAAAUAUGACGUCACAUUGGUUUGAUGUUGAUAUGAUAUGAUGAUAGGACUCUGUACCCUCAGUUCGUAACAGCUAAUAGGUAUGAGAUCUGUCAAAUAAUGGAAGGAAAUAGGCAGAAAAUCGACUCCAUUUUAUAAGAUGAAAUAUUAAAAGCAGUCAGAACUGACGAAGAAAUCUAAUGAAAGGCUAAUGGGACAAAGACCGAUGAUACAGUACGAGGGUGAGAAGGAGUGGACACAUGAGUUUCUGCUCAUGAGUGAUAAUGAUGUAGUGCAGUGGUCUCCAAAUGGCGGCCCGUGCGCGGCCCAGAUCCGGCUCGGGCAUGGCAAACAUUUGGCCCGCCAUGAGGUUGGAACAAAUGAAAACCUCAAAUGGAAACCUCAAACCUCACAAGAAAACGUUCAAACCUCACAGAUGGCUCCAAUCUGUGUGCUAUCAGUGAGGCCCUCCGCCUCAUUUGCCGCUACAUAAUUUGAGGGAAAGUAAUUGCAGACCACUGAUGUAGUGCAUAUAUCUGUACUAGUGUAGUGGAGGAUAGAGAAAGUAACAGGAAAACGGGAGGAACUGCAAGAGGGGGUGAAGGAGAGGCAGAUCUAACAUGUGUACUCAUCUCUGACCACAAUCACACAAGAGGUACAGCUGCAGUAGUGUAACUGUUGUACACACACACACACACACACACACACACACACACACUUUCUACAUUGCUCUAUCUAUUUUGGUGAUUAGAACGGUAAAACACUUCAAACUGCUUAUGUACCUGUAUUCAAUUUUCAGUGUUUUUUUUCCUCCUCUUUGCAUAUACCAUAAAAUAGACUUGUUAUUCCAGCACUACGUUAGAAAGGAUAGAAGAGACUGCUUAGUGUCCCAAGUGUUUUCUUUUUUUUUGUGUUAAGCUGUGUGUUUCCAUGUCAUACACUUACAUUUCUUCUUCCAGCGGAACAAAUAUUGUGUCCUGGACAAGCAAAAACCUUCUAUGUGUUGAUGGACUAUUGAAGUGAACCCCUUAUUUGAAUGGCUAUUAUAUAAGGAAGUAUGAUGGUUGUGAAACUCAUGUUUACCAGCAUGCUGUAUGGCUACGUUCAGUGUUUUUGUCGAAUGUACACGAUGAUGUGGUGGGAUUAUCUGUUCAAUUGCCACUUCCGUAAAUGAUGCAGUGUAAACACUUUUGUAUCGUCGUCAGACUUCUACUUUAAUUUUAUUUUUGUUUCUUUUUGGGGGUUUUAUUUGUUUGUUUGUUAUUGUUUUGUUCUCUGGAGACCUUGCUUAAACUGCCAAAGCAGAAACUGAGGGGGGUGGUGGUGAGAAACAUACUUUUUUAUAAUAUAUGCAAAACAGAUAAUAAAGAAAAAAAAUAUUUUGUAUUGGUUUUCCAUGAAGGGAUCAUGUUUUUGACUUGUUUUAUGUACAAAAGAGAAAAAAAUCUUUAAAAGACAAAAAACGCACAGACCCUCUAGAGCUGUCCCAAGGAGGUGGACGGAGGGCAGGGCUGGACUUAGUGAGAAAUGGGGCCCGGGCACUUCUGGAUUAAAGGGGCCCCUCAUAAUUAGCGGCGCAGAACUGACUGACCGGUGGGUGGGCCCCACACCCUCAUGGGCCCCUAUUUUCAGAACUGUUUUAAAAAAAAGAUACGUACAUUUCUGAAAAUAGGGGCCCACGAAGGUGUGGGGCCCACUGGGAAAUGCCCGCUAUGCCAGAUGGGCAGUUCAGCUCUGACUGAGGGCGAGGACCCAGUCCCAUCCUGCACUUACGCAGCUACUCGAGGCGUUUGCUAUUCUUCUUUAAAGAGAUACCUGUGCCGUAUACAUGAGGUAAAUUGUUACCCUGGUUUUGUGUUUACUGUUUAAUAUCUUAAACGUUGCUAUUUACUGGAAAGUUCAGAUAUAUUUCUAGAGAGCAAUUUGCAUUUUAAGCAAAUUUAUCUUUAUCUUGAGUUAUCAGCAAUAAAUAUUGAAAAAAA